CAUUACAGUGAACGAGAACGGACUUUUAAUUCGGGGUUAAUCAUUUACAACGCCUAUAAACACAUUAGAGAAAGGCAAUGCGUAAAAUGGACACUUUGACGCAACUUUUGAAGGAUCCUGACUUAUUAUGAUUUGGAUUUUGCAACGUGAAGAUUUUGAGACGCUCCCUACGUGCACUCUGCAAAACUGCCACUUCAAAUGACUUAAAAGUUUAUACCUAGCUGUUUUAAAGUUCGGGGGACUUUUCCAGACCCUGAUCAAAGUAGUGGUACGUAACCCUCACCUGUGCCAUUGACGCUCUGGCUGCUCCGUGGCUGGCUGCUUCUGAGGCGGGAGCAUGGGCUUUUUUGAGUGGACACCGGGGGUUUGGAGACUGGCCAUUCUCCUCUGCAAUGUAAUUCCCGCUGUACUUGGCAAGAGGCACGCUGUUUACUGGAACUCCACAAAUACAAGAUUGACCUCAGGGGAAUUAACCAUCCAAGUGAACCUGAAUGAUUACCUGGACAUCUACUGCCCUCAUUAUCCCGACCAGGAGACAGGAGGCCCCCAGCAGCAGCAACAGCACCAGCCUGAGACCCUGGCCCUGUACCUGAUCGGGCAGCCAUCUUUCCAGGGCUGCGUGGAGACUAGAGGGGCCAUCAAGAGGUGGGAGUGCAAUACCCCGUACGCCCCCUUUGGACCGGUGCGCUUUUCAGAGAAGAUCCAGCGCUUCACGCCCUUCUCCCUGGGCUUUGAGUUCCUGCCAGGACACCACUACUACUACAGCUCUCUGCCCUCAGAUGAAGGCCCUCCCCUCCCGUGUAUGAAGUUGCGUGUGACCGUUUGCUGUGAGUCCACAGCUUCAGAGGGCUCCAAGCAACAGCAAGACCUGCCUGUACGUCAGAAUCAAGCUCCUUCACUGAGAACAUCUCCAUACCUGCUCCUGUCUCCUGCCCUGCUCUUCCUCCUCCUCCAGUUGAUCACAUGACCAGCCACCUCCUCGUCGACUAAUCAAAUCUUUUAUGCACCAGAAGUGAUAAAGUAGACAAUAACUCUAUCACCGUUAUAAACUCGACCACAGAGGACCUGUUUGAACGCGCGCUGUUUACAUGUGAAACUUCAAAAUCUUCAAAGUGACUCAGGGACCAAUGAUUCAAGUGCUGUUUUUAUUGCAUUGUGGGUAAUCAAGAAUAUGUCAUGUAGUGUACGUGUACGCAAAUCAGCUUCAUCUAUCAAAUCAAAAGUAUUAUUGGUCUUGAAGUAACCAUAUACUCAGGCCCCAUGCUGCCAACUUGGUACUUAAACUUUGUACCAGCGUAAAACUCUGAUAGACCUGUUUUUUUUUUUUUUUUUGCUUCUUCAACUCUUCAUGGUUGAGGAGGAAGGCUGCAGAACAGUUGUGCGUCGCCCCCUACUGGGAGUGCACUGGUCGGACUGGAGCUGGACUGGUUUGGUCCUCUGUCCUGAGAGCUGGAGGACUUUCGGUGUUUUAUGGAGACAGGAAAGUGCUGGUGGCUUUUCAUUGGACCAUAUAUUUUCCCCAGAUUCUCUCGUAAAGGAGACGGCCGAGGAAAUCCAUUGUUUGGGAUGUACAGGGUUGACAUGCUCAGCUUUUUGUAAUUUUUUUUUUUAUACCAUUUUGUAAAUUUCCUUAUUCCAAAAAAAUACAUGAAAAUAUAAUUGAUAAAAUAUAUACAGUAAUAAACAUAUAAUAUAAAUGCUAAUACAAUGACUACUUCAAAACAAUGAGUUAAUAUAUUAUUUGUUAUUAAAUACACACAUUUAUAUUCUGCUACAUUUUUUCUCUUUUAGUCUUAGUAAAUCCAAUCACGAAUUAAGGUGGAAUUAAAUGUUAAAUUUCAGAGGAAUUGCCCAAUUUCUAUUUAAAAGUUUAUAAAGAUGUUUUAAAAGUGAAAUGAACUAUUUUGCUGUUAUUGAUAAAGUGUUUAGAGUUGAGAUUUAGGGAAUUGUGUGUAUCUAGACUACACAUAAUUCUCUAAAUUUACUAUUUAAAUUAUAAAAUACAAAAAAUGAAAUUUGAAAAUGGUAUUCACAACAGAGAUGAUUUUGACUUGAUACAAUUUUAUGUUUUUAAUUUUAAAUGUAAAAAAAAAAAAAACACUUGGCACUUAUUGCUCCUUCUUUUAAGCUAUUUGGGAUCUGUGCUGAAAAUCAAUGUGUAAUGUUUUUAAUGUGUGUUUUUCAUUGAUACGUUUUUCUAUUUCUUUUAUACAGUGAGUAAAAGUGUAUGUUUGUGCGUUUGAUGUUUGUGGGAUAACGGUGACUUGUUUUGUAUUUUGUGUUCUUCACAUUUUUGUGAAGACUGAAGCUUCUUCUGUGAAGAGCUCUCUGCAAUCUGAGCCUCUUGUUCAACAACAAGAACUAAUAAAAAUAGUACACGGUUGCAAUCCAUAUCUGGUUAUUGCUCAUAAAAAUUGGCAAAGUAUUGAAUUUUGUGUGAAUAAUUGAGCGUUUCUUUGCAAACCACAGAAGUUAUUGGAAAAUGGAAAUAUAGAGACAUUUUAGAA